AUGAAAGCUAUUUAUGAACCAGGGCGGGAACUGUGCAUUGAUGAGUCUAUGGUGUUAUGGCGGGGAAGACUAAUUUUCCGCCAGUACAUCAAGAACAAAAGACAUAAAUAUGGUCUAAACCUAUAUGUACUGACAGAACCAAAUGGACUUGUCAUCAACUUUGCUGUGUAUGCCGGAGUCAAUGAUUUUGACCUUGGAGGUGUCGGUCAUUCAAAAACUGUGGUCUUGCAUCUUAUACAAGAUAGGCUUGACUUAGGCCAUGCGGUAUACAUGGACAAUUAUUAUAAUAGCUUUGACUUGUCUAAAGAGCUACUUGACCGGAAAACCUACACUACAGGAACCCUCAGAGCUAAACGCAAAAAUACACCUUCCGAGGUUGUAGAGACCAAGCUCGCACGUGGGGAGGUAACAUGCUACUACGCUGAUGGAGUUGCAAUUGGUAAAUGGCAUGACAAAAGAGAUGUACGUUUUAUUUCAACAGAGCAUGUUCUUGACAUGGAAGAGUGUAAGAAUAAACAAGGUGAAACUACAAUGAAACCCACAGCUAUAGUUGAAUACAACAAGUACAUGAAAGGAGUUGAUCGUCAAGAUCAGAUGCUGGCUUAUUACCCCGUCACACGAAAAACCACACGAUGGUACAAAAAACUUGGCAUUCACAUCAUUGAAAUGAUGGUGGUGAAUUCGUACAUGAUGUUCAAGAGCCAUUCUGGAUUACAGCGUCUAUCGCGUAUGACUAUCGCUUGUGUGUGGUUGAACGACUACUACCACCUGAUUAUGUCUCUUCAAAUCGAGGAAUGA